UCACUGUUCUUGGAAUAGCUUUUAUAUAAUAUAUAUUAUUUAUAUAUUAUAUAUAAACUUUAUGUUAUAAAUGGUAAAGUCCAACUUUAGGACAAUUGAAAUUUAAAGGGCAUGCAGGCAGUCCUUCAAAAGUGUUUAACAAUAUUUCUUAAUAAAUUAUCAAACGUAAAUCAAUGACUGGGUUGAAAAUAGAGAAUCCUGCAAAAUAUUUAUUGUCUUUGCAUUGUUUUUUUAACCUGACAGAAACUUUAGUAGAAUAACUACAUAUAUUCCCCACCUAUCUUUAUCAAACACAGACUACUUUUGGACAGCUUUCGGGUGGCGAAUGUAGUUGCCAUAGCAAUUAAGAAUUCGAUCCCAGUCUCUAGCAAUAAAGAUGUGUGAGCAUGUGGUAAAAUAUAUUUCACUUUCAUCGUUUUGUACAUCUCGAUAAUUUUAUGAAUUAUUUGGAUUCACUAGUUAUUCUCCUUGUGGAAACUUCGUGAUGUCAAUUUUAGAUCUGAUGUGGGGAGUUGAUAUCAUAUAAUUUUAUUUUUCUUUGUUUUAUUGCUGUAAAAUCAUCAUGAUAAUCUUGGAGUUUUUGGGUAAAUUUGCCACGUGUUGUACGUCUGGUUUGUAAAGAUAAGACAGCAGAAACACUGGAAUGGAAUUCAUCUUCAAUAAAUGACAAGGAUUUUUAAUGAAAACGGCUUCCAUAUGGCAACAUUGGAUUUGUAUUCAUAAUACAAUAUAUUUUAUCCUGAGAUGUUGCACUUAUAAAUGGAAGAAUGAAAUAUAUGAUGGAUUACCACAAAACCACAGAAAUCUAACCAAUCAAGGUAGCACACUUUGUUGGGGAGACAACGUCAACGCAUCUUAUCGUUUUUACGAACAUGGCCUUCAUUUUGGCAGUCCUUCACUGGGGAAGAAACGUUGUCAUCUUGCGAAUGAUGAGAACGAAGUAAUGCUGAAAAGUCAUUACACUGUUAUGGAAGACGGCACGACCAACAUGCGAUGGGAUCGAGCCCAGUUUGGCUUUUUGAAAUCGACAUUUUUACAAGUUCCUUGUAAGCGUAUUGCAGUAUGGAUAAGAUGAAAACUGCUGUAUGUGAAUAAAAGCCAGGAAAACAGCAAGAAACAUUUUCGACGAUAUUUAAUGCCGUAUCUGCCGAGAAACAUUGUAAUUAGAUAAGUGUGACGCAGUUAAUGACGUAUGUGUGCAUUGUGUUGUCAUUGACGUCAUUAAGAGUUGAUAUUGGUUUUGCAGAGGGCAUUUAAUUAUGAUGCGCUAAAUAGUAUUGAUCUGUAUGUGUCAUAAAAAUUUUGCUAUGACAGACCUGACGGUAUUUUCAUCUAAAGAUAUGUCUUCAUUUUAAGUUUUAAAAAACUGUUAAACAUUCAUGUAUUUGUCGCUUUUUAUAAUUGUAAUUGAGUGUGAGAGCUUCACUGUCCUUGGAAUAGCUUUUAUAUAAUAUAUAUUAUUUAUAUAUUAUAUAUAAACUUUAUGUUAUAAAUGGUGAAGUCCAACUUUAGGACAAUUGAAAUUUAAAGGGCAUGCAGGCAGUCCUUCAAAAAGUGUUUAACUAUAUUUCUUAAUAAAUUAUCAAA